CACACACAUCUCUGCGUUAUCGCACAGUGCUAAUCUGUGUUUUUCCCAACAGCGCUGUAAAUGCUGACGGACGCGUGCGCGCGACUGUAAUCGAUUCGCUGUGACAUGUGACCGCGUAACCCGCUCACAUGAGCUUAAAGUUUGUAAAGUCCCCCGAUCCGCAGCCCGCUGCUGAGCGCUGACACACGAGCCAUGGCGAGUGGCGACAGCGGACAGACUGUGGUUCUGAUCACCGGCUGCUCCUCUGGGAUCGGACUGCGAAUCGCCGUGCUGCUGGCCCGAGACGACCGGAAGCGUUACCAUGUUAUUGCCACUAUGAGAGACCUGAGAAAGAAAGACCGGCUGGUUGAGGCGGCGGGCGACGCAUAUGGAAAGACAUUGACGCUUUUGGCUUUGGAUGUGUGUAGUGAUGACUCUGUCAGACAGUGCGUCAACAGCGUGAAGGACCGACACAUUGACGUUCUCAUUAAUAACGCCGGAGUGGGUUUGCUGGGUCCUGUGGAGAGCAUCUCUGUCGAUGAGAUGAAGAAAGUAUUCGACACCAACUUCUUCGGUACCGUGCGCAUGAUAAAAGAGGUCAUGCCGGACAUGAAGAAGAGGCGGAGCGGACACAUCAUCGUUAUGAGCAGUGUGAUGGGCCUGCAGGGUGUGGUUUUCAAUGACGUCUACACAGCCUCCAAGUUUGCCAUAGAGGGCUUCUGUGAGAGCCUGGCAGUGCAGCUGCUGAAGUUUAAUGUGAAACUGUCUCUGAUAGAGCCGGGACCAGUGCACACAGAGUUUGAGACGAAGAUGAUGGAAGACGUGGCCAAGAUGGAAUAUCCCGGAGCAGAUGAGGAAACGGUCCGAUACUUCAAGGAAGUUUACUUGCCAUCCUGUAUGGAUAUCUUUGGGGCAAUGGGCCAAACCCCUGAGGACAUUGCUAAAUGCACAAAGAAAGUCAUCGAGUCCAGUCGACCCCGCUUCCGCAAUCUGACCAACAGCCUCUACACACCUAUCGUGGCCAUGAAGUACGCCGAUGAGACUGGUGGACUUUCAGUGCACACCUUUUACAAUCUACUGUUUAACUUUGGCUCGCUUAUGCACUUUACCAUGAGCAUCCUUAAGUGCCUGACCUGCAGCUGCCUGCGCAGACGCACCAUUUCUCCUGACUGAAGAGGGAAGCAGUGAAACACACUUCACUUUAGGCAUUGAUGAUACACUCCUAAAUAUAAAGGUGAUAAAAGAAAAAAUAUAGAUAUAACUUGUGUGCAACAGUUAAAGACUAUUUGUGCAACCAUACAGCUUGAUAUAGCACCUUUUAUGAAACUUUUUUUUAAGAGUGUUAUCCUCAGUUCAUCUACAUUUAAAAAUGAGUUACUGUUAGAGAAUGUGACUUUGUUCUAAGUUAUUAUUGUGUGAAUUACAAAACACUGAUGCAUAUGCAAUAAAAAACUGCAACAUGCAAUCAAAUAGUAAAUCAAAUAUUUAAUUUUAACAGGCAAAAAGCAUGUGAUGCUUUUGAUGUGACAAACAAUCUCAUAACUGCCUUUGUAUGUACUAAAGAUUUACAAAAUUAAAACCUUAAAGGAAUAGUUCACCCAAACAUUUAUUGACAAUCUCAAUCUGAUCUAAUAUAUAUGACUUACUUUCUUUAGUUGAACACAGACAAUUUUAUAUUAAAAUGAUGUCAUGUUAUUUUUUUAAAUAUGUGGCUUUUUGGAGCUCGACAAUGUUGAAAACCAUAAUAAGACGAUAACAUGACUGCAUAUCUUUUUGGGAUAUUUGGGUUAACUAUUCUUUCAAAUGACUAUAUGAUGUUUUGUCUGUUUAAAAAUCAGUUUCUUUCCUUUUAUGUUGUUAUUAACUUAAACAUUUAGGUAGUUACAAAGCCAUAUUUGAAAAGAUGUAUUGGUGAUCCUAAAUAAUAAUGUUAUUUGAUCAGAUUGAUCCAACUUGAAAACGUAUUAAAGUGUAGUUAGAAGUUUUGCAUUCGUUUCAUGUCUUGUUUUAUUUAUGGCACUUCCUUUAUCCCAUUUGUACUCAGCUUUAAAUAGAGGAGAGGAUGAGCAACCCAAACACUAAAGCAAUGAAAACAAUGUGAAACUAUGUUACGGCUGUGUCCUGAGGCGACACCGGAUACAAUCGAAGUUACAAAUGUAACCAGCAGAGAGCAGCAGAGCAUUUUUGGGUCUAAAUGCAAUGUUGCCAAGUCCACGGUUUUUCACAUUAUUGGGCUACUUUUAAACCAUUGCCGCAAGUUGGUUUUUUUGUCUACAGGUUGAAGGUUGAAGAUUUUGCUGUCCAUCUUAAUGCAUGAUGAUCUUAUUUGGGGUUUCC